AUGGAGGCCAUCACUUCUGUCCUGGAUGCCUCUCCAUCUUCGGAAGACAUGCACCCUGUGUCCACCUGGAGGCCUCCUUCCCCUCUGAGUUUUCUGGAUUCUGAAGGCACGGCUCCCUCUAAACACUACUCCACCUACAUCUUCAACCUAACUGGUGUCUACUUCCUCUUCACCUGCUACAACAUCAUAGAUUUCCUGCAGACUACUCUGAUUCUACAAGUGUUGACCUUCACGAUAUCACUGGCAGGAAAUGCAUCUGUGCUCUGGUUCUUGGGUUUCCGCAUGCACAGAAAUGCCUUUUACACCUACAUCCUAAACCCGGCGACUGCUGACUUCCUCCUUCUUUUCUACAUUAUUGCUUCUCUGAUAGAAUUCAUUGAAAACACGCUUCACAAUCACAUCUGUAGCAUCAUACAAACUGGGACAACCAUGUUCUACAUCGCAGGCCUGAGCAUGCUCAGCACUAUCAGCACUGAGCGCUGCCUGUCAGUCCUGUGCCCCAUUUGGUGCCACUGCCAUCGCCCAAGACACACAUCAGCUAUCAUGUGUGCCCUGCUCCGGGUCAUGUCCCUGUUUCUGAGCAUCCUAGACAAGGUCUAUUUUUUAAAUCGCAAUAAAACCAAAGUUCAUUUUAAAAGAGUUAAUUUCACUAUUACUGUAUGGCUGGCUUUUUUACUUGUUCUCUCAGUGUCCAGCCUGGUCCUGCUGGGUAGGAUGCUCUGUGGAUCCAAGCAGAAGCCUCUGACCAGGCUGUAUGUUACCAUCCUGCUCACGGUUGUCUUCUUCUUCUGUGGUCUGCCCUUUGGAAUCUGUGUGCUCCUGUUAAUUGGAACUCAGAAAUAUAUUACCAUAAACAGUGUCCUUUUCUGUCUUCACUUGUCCUAUGUUAACAGCUCUGCCAACCCCAUCAUUUACUUCUUCGUUGGCUCCUUUAGGCAGCAGUUGCAGGCACGGAACCUCAAGCUGGUGCUUGAGCAGGCUCUGCAGGACACUCCUGAGAAGGAGGAGUGUGGAGGCAGCCUUCCUCAGACAACCCUGGAGAUGUCAGGCAGCAGAGUGGAGCAGGGAUGA